UUUGCGCUUGGCAGACCAAAUUUUAGUUAAACGCAGAAGAAUUCCGGUUCGAAAAUGCACGCGGAUAUUAGCAUUUUGCUUGUUUCUUGCCAUUUGUGCCCCUCAAAUUCCUGUUGGCUGUAGAACAACUGAUUAUCAGGUGCUGGGAUUAUCAUUCUUGGUCAACACCAUCAGUCUUGUAUAUAUGAUUUUUUUUUCUUUCCUACAAAGGAAUCGUUUUCGCCAUCUUGUAUCUUCUGGAUCUCAAUCUGUUGUGGUUGGUGAAUGCGUGGGUGGAUGCGGCCGCCGGGCACUAAAAUAAUACACAUCAAAUUCAUCGCCGCAUGUCUUUUUGGACAAUGAAUUCAUCGUCGCACACCAGUGAACAGCCACUGAAGAAGAAGAAGAGAAGGUGACGGUGAUGGAGGGCUCUGCGCCUGCUUGCCACGGCGUCCGCGUCGUGUCCCGGCGCCUGGUCCGGCCGUCGCCGUCCACGGCGAGCAACCCGGGCUGCGGGGCGACGAGCCCGGAGCCGGAGACGGUGCAUCUCUCGCCGUGGGACCUCCAGAUGCUCACCAUCGACUACAUCCAGAAGGGCGUCCUGCUGCCCAAGCCGCCGGGUCCGGGCGGUGCCGGCGACCACCUCGUCGAACGCCUCGCCUCGUCCUUGGCGCGCGCCCUGGCCAGCUUCCACCCCUUCGCCGGCCGCCUCGCCGUCGAGGAGACCGGGGGAAGCAGCGGCGACGACGGGACCGUCACGGUCUCGUUGCGCUGCACCGGCGACGGCGCCGAGUUCGUGCACGCCGUGGCGGCCGGCGUCACCGUGGCCGACGUCGCGGGGCCGCUCCACGUCCCCCGCGUGGUCUGGUCCUUCUUCCCGCUCGACGGGCUGGUGGGCGCGGACGCCGCGGCGGGCUCCCGGACCCGGCCCCUCCUCGCUGCGCAGGUCACCGAGCUCGCCGACGGCGUGUUCGUCGCCAUGUCGCUCAACCACGGCGUGGCCGACGGGACCGCGUUCUGGCACCUCUUCAACACCUGGUCCCGCAUCAGCCGGAGCACGGGCGCCGCCGGCGAACGCGACGAGAGCGCCAUCCCCGUUCCGCCGCCGGUGCUGGAGCGCUGGUUCCCGGACGGCUGCCCCGUCCCUGUCCCUCUGCCGUUCGGCAAGCUCGAGCAGAUCGUCCGGCGGUUCGACGGCCCGCCGGUGGAGGAGUGCUUCCUCGCCUUCUCCGCGGAGAGCGUCAGGGAGCUGAAGGCGAGAGCCAACGCCGAGGCGGCCGGCCCGGCCAUCUCCUCCCUCCAGUCCGUGCUGGCGCACGUGUGGCGCGGCGUGACCCGCGCCCGGCGCCUCCCGCGGCAGCAGGAGACGUCCUACACCGUACUCGUGGGGUGCCGGGGGCGGGUGCGGCGCGUGCCCCAGGCCUACGCGGGCAACGCCGUGGUGCGCUGCGCGGCGGGGGCGACCGCCGGUGAGGUCCUGGGCAACGGGCUCGGGUGGGUGGCGGCGCUGCUGGGCCGCGCCGUCGCGUCGCUGGACGAGACGGCGCUGCUGGACUCCGUGGCGAGGUGGCACAGGGACCCCAGGUUCGCGUACCUGGCCGGGUGGUGGCACCCCGCGGUGCUGGUGACCGGGAACUCGCCGCGGUUCGACGUCUUCGGCAACGACUUCGGGUGGGGGAGGCCGGUGGCCGUGCGCAGCGGGAGCGCGAACAAGGUGGACGGGAGGGCGACGGUGUAUGAGGGGAUCGACGGCGGAGGAAGCAUGGGGAUGGAGGUCUGCCUCUCGCCGGAGGCACUGGCACGGCUCGUCGCUGAUGACGAGUUCAUGAGCGCGGUGACCACAACGGGGCGACGCCAGUAGUGGGUUUGAAUCCAGUUGCGUAUAGAGUCUUGUAUGCAUACAGUACUAAAUAAAUUUAUUUGCAAAAUCUCUUUAUAGAUGGGUAUAACUUUUCGCGAUGAAUCUAAUGACG